UGUGGCGCUGGAGUGGCACGCUCAGGAUAGGAAGGCACAUGUACUUGUGUGUGCCUUUGAGGGUGGAGGUUUCUGUGCGGCCUGGAGGAGGGAGCUUUUCUGUCUGGUUGUGUGUGUGCGUGUGUGUGUGUGUGUGUGUGUGUGCGUGUGGGCCCACGCGUGCUUAUUUUUGCAUUGACUUAAUUUCUGUUUGUGUGUUUCUGUUUGGAGAGGGCGUGGGCAUGUGGCCCUUUCGUGUGUCUCACCAUGGGCAUCAGGUGGCAGCGCGGAGCAUGCCCAUGCUCUCAAAUGUGUGUGCGUGCUCUACUACCCCCAAUUCAAGUAUUAAGGGUCUAGGGUGGCCCAGGUUUUCCUGCGGAGGGUAAUUCACCUGGGGAAGAUAACUAAAAAAAACCCUUUCUCUCCUCGGCUGUGGCACGUGAUCUUGUGACCUGACCUGGCCCCACCCACAGCGGGUUCUUUGGGGAGCCUGAUGCCUUCCCUAUGUUCACCAACAACAACCGCAUGAAGAGGAGACCCUCGCCCUAUGAGAUGGAGAUUACGGAUGGUCCUCACACCAAAGUCGUGCGGCGCAUCUUCACCAACAGCCGGGAGCGGUGGCGGCAGCAGAACGUGAACGGGGCCUUUGCCGAGCUCCGCAAGCUGAUCCCCACGCAUCCCCCGGACAAGAAGCUCAGCAAGAACGAGAUCCUCCGCCUAGCCAUGAAGUACAUCAACUUCCUGGCCAAGCUGCUGAAUGACCAGGAGGAGGAGGGCACCCAGCGGGGCAAGCCUGGCAAAGACCCAGUUGUUGGGGCAGGUGGGGGUGGGGGAGGGGGUGGCGCACCCCCAGAUGACCUCCUGCAGGACAUACUCUCCCCCAACUCCAGCUGUGGCAGCUCCCUAGAUGGGGCAGCCAGCCCAGACAGCUACACCGAGGAGCCUGCACCCAAGCACCCGGCUCGUGGCCUCCACCCUGCCAUGUUGCCCGCUGCUGAUGUAGCUGGCCCUCGGUGAUGAGUCUGGGCCCACCCGGGACCAGCCAGGAGGGCCUCCAUAGGCUACUGAGAAGGUGGAUUCAGGGCAAGGUGGGGCAAGCCUUGAGCAAUGAACUUGAGCUUUCUUUGAUGUCCAAACUUUGGGAAGCCCCGGCGGAUCCUGGGGCUGGCCUUUCUGUUUCCUACCCCAAGAGGAGAACAGAAACAUGGAGCAAAGUGGUAGGUACUUUUUCAUGAAGAGGGCACGGUGUUCCCCUCCCCGCCCACUCCCCCCAACCCCUAAGACUUCCCAAGUACGAGGCUCCAGGGUCACGGCUUGGGGCCUGGAGUUUGGGAUCCCUGUCUUUGCUGAGACCGGGGACUGUCAGCUCUCCCCUGAGGCGUCCACCAGACUCUGCCCGGCCUUCAGCCCACCCCCCAUGCUGGCUGCGGUGGUUUAUGUGACCACUUCGGCCCAAAUACACAGGUACCCAGUAGUUGUCCAUUUCUUAAGCUCCAUCUUCACCUGGGCCCACGCAGAUCCAUCCAGCUCACCAGCUGCUGCAGAGUCCCAGGACUUGAGGUGCCUUCUUCAGGGCCUGGUUGACGAAGAUGACCAGUGGACAGCCUGCUCUUGGCUAGCUGGGCCAGAGGGGCACAGAGCCCAGUAGCCCUUACUCCUUGCCCUGGGGAUCGAAGCUCUGCUCCGUGACUUAAUCCCUGUGGCUGUGAGACUGUGUGUGUGUGUGUGCCCUGUUGGGCUUUGUGCGAAGGCAGAGCAAGGGGCUCUGGGAAAAGGAUACAGAGUGAAAUGGAGCGAAAGCUCUUCUGGGCAUGUGGAUUUCACACCCAGCUGCUGUCUCAGAGUGACCCGCCUGAUCCUCAGCUGCACGUUGCGGCUCAUGCUGUCGGGCACAUGCCAGACGACCAUGCUGGUGCUGAGUCGCUGCAGCCCCGCCCCGCCUGGGCCUUCUCUGAGCUGCUUACAGGGCCCUCCCCGCCACAGGAUGCCCGCUCUUUGAGGAGCUGGCUGCUUUGUGUCCUGAAUUGAGCGCAGCCUUUGUCCUGCACAUUCCUUGCCUUUGGGACUUUUGUUUCACAUCAGUUAUUGCUGGGAUCUUAGGUCUUGAUGGGACCCAGGGGAUGGGCGUAGGGAGUCCAAUCCAAAACCAGACCCUGGCUGAGACCCAAACACACGUACAUUCGCUUGGCAGAAUCGGAACCGUCCCUCAACUGUGACUGUCUCAAUUGUCAAGAGUGUAUAUGGGAGGCUGGCUUCUUGAAAUAGGAGUUGUCUACCUGUCUCCCUAACCGCCCCUACCCAAAUGUUGUACAUGCAAGUUUUUAUAACUCAAAUUUUACCCUUCACCUUUUAAAGAAAUACAGCAAGUCCUUUUGUAAAAUGA